AUGAAAGAAGAGGUCAUUACUAGUAGUGAGCAGAAGAAGGACGAGGCAUCUCUUGGAAGUGAACAAGAAGAGGCACUGGACCCAGCGGUACGUGAAGUUGUCGUUGAGAGAGCCGAAGCCGAAGCCGCUCAAAUCCAAGCCGAGCAAUUAUGUAAGCAAGAAGAAGCUGCCAAUUUGAUGAGGGACGAAUCAGAAGAAGAAAUGGACACUGUUGUUUUGGAUAUUCUUACAAAGCGACCCACUUUGGAAGCCGCCCAGCUUAAAAGGGAUGCAGAGGCUGCCAUUGUGGCUCAUGAGACUAGUUUGGCUGUGGAACAGGAACGACCAAGAACAGAAGGAAUUUUGCUAGUAGGAGAGGACUCCGAGGACAAGGAACACCAGCACCUCAUGGAAAUAGCUGCAGACCUCAACGAGGCUGCCAAGAUAGAAAAUUUUUCCAAAGCAACUCAUGCCAGCACUGAUGAGGUUCGGUCGAAUGAACAAGAAGCUGUGCUAGUGAGGGAAGUACAACAAGAUGGCAGUGUACCAGGAAAUAGGGUAGAGGCCCCUGCAGGAGGAGUGGCACUCCCACCACCUGCCUUGCAACGAACAACCCAGAUGCGUCCACAAUCUCAACCUGGUGCGUUCGUGAAUGCACCAGGUGGACAGAUCCAACGAAACCCCAACUUGAACUAUGGCCUUCUUGGGGCUAAUACGGGCACUGAUAAUGGCCAGCGAGAUUCCCGUGUUGGCACUGCACCACAGGUAUCGACAAAUCAAGGGUUGGUACAGGCAAAUGCUGUAGAGGAUGAUACCGCUGAUUUGAUGCAUGCCCAUCCUCUUGAUCUGGAAACGGCGCAGCAUCGUGCACUCCAAAAGAAACAGCAACAGAAAAGUUUCUUGGCAGCAGUUCUUUGGUUGUUCCUGGUUGCUGCCAUUAUUGUGGGAUUUGUGGUGGGAACCCAAAAGAACAAGGAGUCAAAGGUGGUUGUCCUCGAGUCAACAGAGACUCCAACAGUCUUUGGUUCCAUGACUCCUUCGGAAGUGCCAUCUUCUGCUCCCACUGGAGCUCUGGACGUGCUAUUGGAUAAUCUCCCUGAUCACACAUUGGCAAGCAUCAACAAUGGCAGUGACACACCUCAGUGGAGAGCAUGGCGAUGGGUUGCCGAACACCAAAAUAUAACUUUUCUGCCAGAAUGGAGGAAGGAACAGCUGUUUGCUCUCGCUACUUUCUUCUAUGCCUUUGAGGGAGAGAACUGGAAUCCUAUCAUAAAGGAGCGAUGGAUGGAUGACACAGUCGAAGAGUGUGACUGGUUCUCCAACGGGUUUGGAAUUUUUAGCCAGGGGCAAUACAUCGAUUAUCAAUCCUUGGGAUUCUCACAGUUUGCAAUACCUUCCUGCAACAGCCAAGGACAAUUUACACGUCUGCACCUUGGAAACCUGCAGCUUCUUGGUCUUUACCCCUCUAUGCCACCCGAGAUUGCGCUCUUGACCUCCUUGUCAUUUGUUGAAUUCUUCCAAACUGAAAUCGGUGGACCACUUUCAUCUCUGUUACCAACAGAACUAUAUGAGCUGACUGGAAUGACACAUUUGGAUUUGACGUUUAACCAGGUCACUGGCAACAUUCCCUCUGAGCUUGGACUGCUGACGUCAUUGGCCCUCAUUUCUUUGGCCGGCAAUCUGUUGUCAGGCCAUAUUCCCUCCGAGAUUGGACUAUUCCCUUCGUUGACCCUGCUUGACCUUUUUUACAAUCAGUUUACAGGUCCAGUGCCUUCGGAGGUUGGGCUCCUGACCUCAUUGGGUGUUCUUCGGCCUCAAGAAAAUCAGUUGUACGGUCGACUGCCUUCUGAGCUAGGGCUCCUGACCUCAUUGUUUGAGCUUCGGCUUCAUGAUAAUCAGCUCACUGAUCCAUUUCCUCCCGAACUUUGGCUCCUGACCUCAUUGAAUGAAUUGUUCCUUGGCGGGAAUCAGUUUUUCGGUCUGCUUCCUACAGAGCUUGGGCUCCUGACCUCAUUGUACCAGCUACAUGUUGAAAAUAAUCAGUACACUGGUCAAGUGCCUUCUGAGCUUGGAAACUUAACUGAGCUGUGGUUCUUACGGUUGAAUCAAAAUCAGCUCACCGGUCAAGUCCCUUCCGAGCUUGGCCUUUUGACAGAGAGUUUGACCAGACUGUAUCUCUACAAGAAUCGCUUAACGGGGACAAUUCCUUCUGAGCUUGGUCAACUGAGCAGUUUGGGGAUUCUGAACCUUGAAGAGAAUCGGUUGACUAGUACUAUUCCUUCUGAGUUUGGAGCAUUAACUGCUUUGUAUUGGCUGCAGAUGAGUGGCAACCAGUUAACGGGCGCUGUUCCCAUGGAGCUUUGGCUUCUGAGAUCGUUUUGGACACUUGAAAUAAAUGACAAUCAGUUCACCGGAACAAUCCCAACAGAAAUUGGGGAUAUGACAUCUUUGACAUCUCUUGCUCUUCAAAACAAUAUCCUAACAGGAGCACUGCCCAGCCAACUGAAUGUGUCAAUGGGGUUGAGGCUAUUUGGGAAUCAGUUCUCAGGAACUAUGCCAGAGCAUCUUUGUUCUUUUCUAUUUUGUGACUGUUCCCUGAAUGAAACUCCUCCUGUUUCCACAUGUGCUGACCUCAAAGAGGCUCCACCUGAUUGGCCUGGGCGGUUUCCAACCAGAGGUGCUGAUGUCAUGCUGAAUAUCCAAACUGGUGAGUAUCCAGAGGAAACAUCAUGGGUUUGGCAGAAGGAAACCAAGACGACUGGGAUUUGGGACACAUUGGAAUCAAGUGGUCCACUGGGCAUUAGGUAUUAUCUUUAUUCCUCUCUCUUCCCACUCAGCCCCAACAACAGAUAUAAACUGGUUGUAGUUGACAGUUUUGGUGACGGUUUGAAGGUUCCUGGAUGGAUAUCUCUGAUGGCAGAAACGGAAGAUGUGUUGUACUCGUAUGUCAGUACAGAUGAACAAGGCACAAUUACCAGGGCCAGUAAUUUCACUGAAAUCACCAUUGAGCUUUUGGUUGGAGCAGAUGGAUCUUUUGAUAUCACCAAUUCUACGAUUCUAUGCAAAAGAUUUGUAUAUUGUUAA